AUGUCACAACCGGGAUCCGACGAGGAAGGGAAGAGAAAGCGGGACAAAGUGGGAGAGUUCCUAAAGAAGAAUUACAACAAAGGUGAACUCGCCUUAAAGCAUGCCGUCGGCUUGGGCCAGACCCCCAAUGUCGUCCCAGUCACACAGCCCGUCAUCAAUGGCCCCUCACGUGUCGUUGAGGUCGGUUGGCAUCCCGUCGGAGGCCUCGCCGGCAAGUGGUUCGCCGAAGAAACGGGUCUGGGGAAGAUGAUCACAGAAAAGAUCAACAAGUAUCCCGAUCCCACUCAGCACUGGGCUGUCCUGGUCGGCGACUACGCCCACCAGCUGUGGAUGGUGAGUCCUCUCCUCACUCACUCAUCGCUCCCCUUUCAUGACCUAACCCACCCCAUCCAGGAUGAGAGCUUUCACGUCAUCUACACCAAUGAGCGAUAUAAACGCGAAGAAUGGCGCACCUUCACCGUCGGAGAGACAACUUUCAACGACGACGCCAUCCGUCGCGCAGGCGAAUACGUCAUUCAGAGCAUCAGAUCACGGCAGCCCGCCUACAACCUCAUCACCAACAACUGCCAAACCUACGUCCUGGAGCUCCUCGACGCCGUCAAAGUCGACGGCCACAAGGAUUUUGGCACCACGCUCGCCGUGUACGAGAGACUCUUCAGCUCCGGCAAGGUCAUCGACCUCUUCUCAGACGAGCAGAAGCAGGAGCAGCAGAACCAGCUACCGAUGCUCGAGGCCCCACCACAAAGCUACGCUCUGCCGCCGUCACCUGCAUCACCGCCCCCUGGCGGACCGCCAAUGUCGUAUACGUUCCCGCCACCACCCGGACAGAACCCGUAUCCGCCGCAGUAUCAGUACGGACUGCCUCCGCUACCGCCGCCUCCGGGUCCACCGCCCCCCGGUCCGCCGCCUCCGGGUCAUCCGGGCCCUCCACCACCGCCGCCACCACCACGUCCACCAGCGGGCCCACCGCCGGGUCCUCACCCUGGAACUGUCUCGCAUGCUCAACAGGUCAUGAACGACAACACGACGCAGCUCAAUACCCAAGAAGAGGCCAGCAAGUCGAGGGGUCUCAAGAAGGAGAAAGACAAGGACAAGGAGCCAAAGAAGAGUUUCUUCUCUCGGUUUACCCGGAAAUGA